AUGGCUCUCCUUGCCUCGGAAUUUGCUAUGAAGGAUCUGGGUCCUUUGAAUUAUUUCCUUGGCAUUCAUGUCACUCGCCAUAAGGAUGGCAUGUUUCUUUCGCAACGUAAGUAUGCUGAAGAAAUCAUUGAUCGAGCUGGAAUGUCUUCUUGUAAGGCUACUUCUACUUCGGUUGAUACUAAACCGAGGGUGAGCAGCACAUCGGGUGCUCCAUAUGAUGACCCGACUCACCAUCGCAGUCUCGCAGGUGCACUUCAGUAUCUUACUUUCAUGAGGCCGGAUAUUUCUUAUGCUGUUCAACAGGUAUGCUUACACAUGCAUGCUCCGCGAGAGGUUCAUAUGCAUGCUCUUAAGCGCAUCAUCCGUUACAUUCAGGGUACACUUGAUUAUGGUUUGCAUCUUUAUCCAUCCUCAGUUAAUGACCUCCUUUCCUACACUGAUGCGGAUUGGGGGGGCUGCCCUGACACACGUCGAUCGACGUCUGGUUAUUGUGUCUUCCUUGGAGAUAACUUGAUAUCUUGGUCUUCGAAAUGCCAACCUACCCUCUAUCGUUCGAGUGCUGAGGCGGAGUAUAGGGGGGUUGCUAUUGUUGUCUCCGAGUCAUGCUGGAUUCACAAUCUUCUGUUGGAAUUACAUUGUCCUAUUCAUAAGGCUACUAUGGUGUAUUGUGACAAUGUAAGUACCAUUUAUCUUUCGGGAAAUCCAGUGCAACAUUAG